GUUGUGAAACCUCCUGCACCUGACUGAGUUGCUCAUCACUUUCUCCAGACUGAUGCCCGGCCGGAUCUCUCACGAGGAGUUGAGGGCAUAAAUUUCUCAACAGAUUAAGCGAACCUUCCUGUUACUUAUGGAUAAACAGCCCGGAGUGGUGUUUCGAAAUGUGGGACAGUUGUACUUCCCCCAAAUCAGGGUUGAGUGCCACUACAGCCUGACAUCAGAGCAUCGGUGGAGCAGCAGUGACUGGAUAGGCAUUUUCCAGAUGGGCUGGUCGUCAGUCAAAGAGUAUCACACCUACACAUGGGCUGCUGUCCCUGAAGGCUACACAGAGGGAACCAGCGUUGACUACUGGGCAGUUUUCCAGGCGUCUUACCUGCCUCGCCCAAGUUCUGCGGAGUACCAGUUUGUUUACGUGGAUAAAAUGGGGAGGGUUUGUGCUCGCAGUCGUCCGUUCACUUUCUGUGCCCCCAAGCCGCUGGAGGAGCUGGAGACCCUGAAAGAAGAACAGGACGAGGAAGAUGGAGAAGAGGAGCUGCUGCUGGUCAUCCCCAGGGCUCAACUGCUGCAGAGUCGGCUGGAGCAGAGCCUCAAAAAGCAGACGGCUCUACAGCGAGCUCUGGAUGAAGCCAAAAGAGAGGCGGAGAACGAAAAAGAAGCCUGCCAGAGAGCAAGAUCUGAGUGGGAGAGGGAGAGAGAGGCAAUAAAGGAAGAGAUCACUGAACUCAGAGACAACCUGAGACAGAGCUGUGAGAUGCUGAAGAGGCUGGAGGAAAGACACAAGGAUGCGACAUACAGUCAGGAAAUCCAGAGCACUGAGCUGAGAAAACUUGGAGCCGAAAAGACUGAGAACCAGCAGCAAGUCCAAGACCUGAAGAGUGAACUCAAGGUCCUGGCUGACAGAGAAGAACAGGCAACCACGGAGCUGCAAAGGCUGAAAGAAAGGAUGAAGAAAAUGUCCACUCAGAUGAAACACGACGAGGAGAAAAGAAAAUCCCUGCAGGCGGAGAUCGAUGCUUCCGCUGCAGAGGUGCGAGGACUGCAGGAGCAGCUGGAAGCCAGCGACCAUGCAGCCGAGGGCCUGCGCAAAGAGCUCCGAGACCUGAGUGUCCAACGGAGCCACACCCACGCUGAGCUGCACCAAGCCCGGCUGCAGGUGGCGCAGCUUACCCUGCAGCUGUCAGACCAGGACCUGGCCCUCAGGGAGGAGCGGGCCACCUGGGCACUCGAGAGGGAGGCCUACAGGCAUGCAGCCGAGAUUGAUAAAAAGAAACUACAGGAUCUGAAAUGUGAGCUUCAGAGAAAGGAGGAGUGGCUCCAGGAGGAGAGGACAGAACAAGACAACGUGGAGGCAGAGCUCGGGAGGGAAAAAGGGCUGCUAAGCAAUGCCAAGCGAGAGCUGCAGGAGCUGAAAGGCGCUCUGAGAAAGGCCCAGAAAGGCAGAGAGCAGGAACAACUGCACAAGCAGGCAAUGUUUAAUCACCACAAAGAGUUGGUGAAUUGCAUCCGUCAGCUGGACAUGAAGCUGGGGAUUGGGCAUGAAACUAAAUCAAACGGCACAGCUGCUAAAUGCAUCUCUCCUGGUUGCUCCUCUGAGAAAGAGGCGCUCGCUUCGUCAGAGCCCCCUAGAUCUUUCUCCCUGGAGGAAAGCAUCAACUCUGAGGUCUCAGCUGAGACUCUCAACCAAAGCGAAGGCGACGACUCCUCCGUUGACGCACAGGAGGAAAAAACGCAGCUCAGCAAACCCCAAACUGGUGAAGAUAAGCAGCUGAUCCUGCCUGAACUCGUCAACCCCGUCCUGAGUGAGCUGGCUGACUCCCCAAUGUGGUAACAAAGCAAGGAAGACACGACGAUGAAGUUGCUUUGCCGCCACUAAUAUUUGUUUGGAUCAGAUCAAAACAAUGAGCAGUUAGUGAGCAUUUGUUUCUUUUUUUUUUGUGAAAAUGCACUUUAAUUGUUUUUUCCUGUGUAGCCAAUAGUUUCUUUACUUGAUCGUAUUCAAGAAAUGUUUUUCUCUCUUAGAUACAAACAGCUGUCUCAGGAUACUUGACUUUUAGUACUUGUAACACAAUCCGCCGUGUUCCAGCCUUAAACCUUGCUGUAAUGUGAAUGUGUGGCAAACGCUGUGAGAAAUAUGCCGUUGGCCGGACUUUCUUACUCUGCGUGGUGUUCUGGUGCUAUUUUGGCCCCUGGGUUUUUACAUGAGAGCAUGACUCCUAAAACCGUGUCAAAUGCGUGGGCGUGUGAUCACGGUCAAGUGUGAAAUGGUCUGUUUCAGCUUUCCGAGCACCGAGUCAGGCUGGAGGGACACGGACGCCUGUUUGCAGUUUUGUAAUAUGAGGAAUCUGUGUUUGGAAGAUCGGGGUUCCUCGUAAAAAAAUACCAGCAAAUGUUGGUUGCUCUCUGUGCUUUGUUGAAGAAUAUGACGGUACACAGAGAUGUGCAUCAUGGAAGACUUCACAUACAGACAGAUUUGUUAGGACUACAGGUGAAGAUAAAUUAGUCUUUUAUUGCAGCAGAAUAAUCUUAUACUAAUAACAUUUAAUUUAAAUGCAUUUAGUCAGUUUGGAAUCUCAUGAAUGAUUUUUUUUUUUUUUUUUUUUUUUUUACCUAACUCAUCAUAGGCGCAGUUAUUACCACCCCUGCAGUAAAUAUCUAGACUCUGUAGAUCAGGAGUCUGCAACCUUUACAACCCACAGAGCCGUUUCUGCCCUCAGUCCAGCUGAAUAAAAGUUGUUUAGAGCCGCAAAUGUCACAUAAACUUUGGAAAACCUCCCAAUAAUUUUGGAUAAAUAGCUUCUGCAGAAGAUUUCUUGACAUUUUUAAAAAAAAAAUCACAAUUUUGUUUCUAAUUUUAGAUUUCAAAAUUAAAAAAAACUUACAACUUUUGAAAAAAGGGGAUGGGUACAUUUCCUUUUAUGUUCUGUUGAUAUUUGUAUAAAAUGAUGUAAAAAACAAAAA